AUGCAUUUUGUCACAAUGAUUAGAAAACUCACUGCUUUGAUUCUUCUGACGGCAGCAUCUCUGACUCAAACUAAUGAGGUUCCUCAUCAGAUCCCUUUGAAAGUGGUUGAAGUUGGCGGGAAUGUUACUCUGCGUUGUCCAGGUUCUAACAAGGAUGGCAACUUCUUCUACUGGUACAAGCAGCCGCUUGGACAUAUGCUCCAGACAGUUGCUACAUCAGUUUUAGGAGAACAGAAACUGAGUGAACAAUUUCCCGACAACCGCUUUAAAUUUGCGGCAGGAGAUUCUCAAUACUCUCUUAUUAUCAAGGAUAUCAUUAAAGAGGAUGAAGCAACAUAUUUCUGUCAAAGUGGGACUGCUUAUUUUCAGAGAUUUUCUACAGGGAUAUACUUGGCCGUAAACGAAUGUAAGAGUCAAACACUGACUCAUGUCAGACAAACUCCAGAAACGACAUCAGUCCAGGAGGGGGACACAGUUAAUCUCCACUGUUCUCUUCUAUACAGCAGUAGAGACACCAGUCAUAAUCUAUCUGAUUACAAUGUGUACUGGUUCAGAGCUGGAUUUGGAGAAUCACAUCUGAAUUUUAUUUACACCCAGAAGAACAGGAGUAGUAAUAGAAGCUGUGUCUCCCAGCUGUCCAGAACUAUACAGAACUCCUCAGAUACUGGGACAUAUUACUGUGCUGUGGUCACAUGUGGAAAGAUCUUGCUUGGAGAAGGAACCAAAGUAGAGACAAGUAAACCUUUGGCACCUGUUCUAAUUGUCUUGGCUGUGCUGUUGGGUCUUUGUGUGAUUGUGAUUUCAAUUCUUAUAUUCUCCAGAGAUUAAAGGAUCCAAAUAGGAAUCUGCUGACUAAGUUUUUCUGCACUGCAAGAAGGAAGAAAUGGGGCAUUAUCGUCUAUCAACUGACUUUAAUUUUUGAGAAGAGAAUAUCUGUUCUUCUAAAUGUAUAAAAUACUCAAAACAUUUCUUGUAAGCUUUCUUUGUGUUCAGGUUUGUAAAGCAGACAACAGAAACUUUCUGCUCUAAAUGUUGCAAGAUGUUAUUUUUAGACAUGAGUGACUCUUCACUGUAUAAUUUUUCUUUCUAUAAUCUUACCUAAUAAUG